CUGGUAAUGUGAUGUGGUUGUUUGGCAACAAAGACUCCGGUGCUACUUUGGGCGCUGUUAGUUCCAUUGGACUUGGUUUCACGAACGAUCCCGUGCCCGGAUUUUCACUAGUUCCUUCCGAUCCGAAUCGUACUUGUACUAUCCAAGCUCCUUAUCGUUCAGAAUGGCGGAUCCGGCGUGCUUUACAUCGAAAACAGAACAACCAGGAGGUCACCAUGUUUUCCAUGUCACUUUAUUCCAAUUGUCUAUCUUCUUCUGACAAGGAGUUGGUUUUGGAAUCCCUUCGUCAAACUGUAAAGUGGAUGAAAGCUCUACGACAUCCGAACAUCUUGAAUUGGUUGGGUGGCACCGAGCUUAGCAGCACCAAAUUGGAAGGUGACUUCCAUAUAAUCACCGAACAAGUAGUACCGCUUCGGGAAUAUUUGCGAAUGAAAGCAGACAGUGGGAACUUCAACUUUAUUUCCUCUUGGGGUGUGCACCAGAUUUCCCGUGCACUGGCCUUCUUGAAUGAUGAUGCCAAGUUAUCCCACAAUGCUGUUCGACUAGAUGCCAUAUUCGUUGCCACUUCGGGUGAAUGGCAUCUUGGUGGAUUGGAUUUCAUCGGUCCUGUCGACGAACCCCCGCCGACCAGCCGAGCCACCGCCGCCUUUGUUCAGCUGGAUCAGUCUGGUUCUGAUCCCUAUUCACCGCCAGACAGUCGCCUUCGAGACGCAUGGGGACUCGGCUGUCUGAUUUGGGAAAUUUUCAAUCCAGACUGCACUUUACGGGACAGAGCCCAGCUCACAUCCCCGGAUGCUCUUCAACGUUUACCGAAAUGUUUGGUCCCUGAAUAUCGCCGUCUUGUUGCCCCCAGCGCCAUUCGAGGCACCAAGAAACGAUCCACCGUUUCACAAUUCCUAGAGCAAUCCCGCAAUAGGGAAAAGGGUGGAUUUUUCGCUAAUCAGUAUGUAGAUACCCUGUUAUUUUUGGAAGAGAUUCAGCUCAAAGAUGCUGAGGAGAAAACCCGAUUCCUUGCUUCACUGCCGGAUUUGGUUGGCAGUUUUCCAGAUGAUGUGUGUCGUCAUAAGAUCAUGCCUCACCUUCUCAAUGAUUUGCGGUAUGGGUCUGCUGGUGUGGAAGCCCUGAUUCCCGCACUCCGUCUUCUUCCUUUGUUGUCCCCGUCGGAGUUCGAGGCCGACGUGCUGCCGUGUCUUGUCAAAUUAUUCACUUCUCCUGAACGAGCUACUCGAGUCCGGUUGCUGGAACAGCUUCCAAACUUUGUCACUAAUUUGCCAAUGAAAGUGGUUGAAGCACAAAUCUACACUCCUGUUGCUGCCGGAUUCUCUGAUGCCAAUCCUAUCGUCCGUGAGGCCACCGUAAGAGCGAUGGUUCAUUUGGCGCCCAAGUUGUCUAGCAAGCUGCUCAACGACUCUUUGCCGCGCUACCUUAUUGGAGUCCAGACUAAGGAUAGUCAAGGCGGAAUCAGAACUAACGCCACUGUGUGUUUAGCUAAAUUAGCUUCCCAAUUCUCUGUGCAAGUGCAACAAGGUGCACUGUUGAAUGCGUUCCUCCGUUCCACACGAGACCCAUUUGUCCCCUGCCGCAAGGCUGCUUUGGCCGCAUUGGCCGCUUCACAGGAGCUGUACACCGUUGAUCAGCUAGCAAGCAAGGUGAUGCCGUGCCUAUCUUUCUUGACAGUCGAUCCUGAGAAGUCUAUUCGAGAGGACGCAUUCCGUGCGAUUCGAUCGAUUCUUGACAAAUUGCAACAGAACAGUGAGAAUCCUCAGUCGAAGGAUACUGCAUCCCAAGCACCCCACGCUGCAGGCACGGAGAUCAAAUCGGGUCGUGCAGCUGCUGCCGCUGCUCUUGGUAAUCUGGCUUGGUCAGCUUUGUCUUUCUCUUCACGGUGGAUAUCGAAUGCUUCAGCAACAGGCGCUCCUCAAGCUGAUAGAUUGCCCCCUCCAGCCGCCUCGACCACUGUCGAUGACCGUAGUGCUUCACUUGUGAACGAAAAGCCUGUUGGUUCACCGAGGUCCAUCACAUCCCAUCAUGCUGUCGGUCUCGUGAAUAAUUCCGUGCCACUCAAGUCCGCCAUCGAGCCUACCACAGAUGUAUUACUAUCACCUACUCAGACCAGCUGUCAAGACGAUCAGGUGAUUGAUGAUGUCAGUGACUGGGGUAACUUGGAGACGACGGACUGGGUAUCCGACGCCGCACAAAAUGCUCCUCCCAUAUCUUCUCAUAAUUUGGUCCAAGACGCGUUGAUCUCUUCAUCAGUCAAAGACGAUUGGGAUGUCGAUCGUUUCUUUGAUUUGCUUACAGUCGAUGCACAACCCAAAUCCACACAGUCCACCAUGCAUACGGAUUCUAUUGGUCUCUCCUCAGUAAAACAAACGUCGAAGCCGGCAUCCAAACCUAAGAUUGUUCGCACCAAGCCUCAUUCCACAAAAUCGACCGUUCCUCCAAAACCCACAGUAGAAGACUCUAACUGGGAUGAGUGGUAAUUUUUUUCGUUUGCGCUUCAUUCAAUCACGGACCAAUCAGUGCCAAUGUCUUCUCAUACGUCCAUCUCCUUCGCCUAUUUCACAGCUUCACUGUGAUAUUCCUACCCUCCAGCUCAUCGUUCUCAUUGUAGUGCCUGUGCUUUUCAUGCCUUCUGCUCCUAGUCCCUGGUCUCCCAGAAUCUGGUAACAUAGUGCCCUCGUAUGGUCACUACAUUCGCACCCGCGGACUUCCAGACUAAUAAAUUAUUCCUCUUAUGAACUCUUCUUCCUGUGGAACUGUCUUUCAUCGCGGGACUCGGGGAACACUUUACCCUUCUUCAGCGCUAGGCGAUAUUUUCUAGUGCGCAUUUCCAUGAAAUUCUUUUUAUUUUUCCAUCAUUGCUGAAAACUGGAAUUAUUGAGCUGUUAUCCGCGCGAUUUUACUGUGCUGUAACAUGUACUGCACUGUUUUUCUCCUCCAAUACAAUCAGUUGUAUAUCUUGC